CCUGUCUGCGCGCUUGGUCGUCGCUGUUGCGAUCGUCGGCAAGAGCCGCUGUCGCACGGGCGGGCGAAUCCACUUUUUUCGCUCGAAUCUCUCGAAACCUCAAGUCCGGGCACAAAGCCGGACCAGUGGCGUCACUGCACAGCCAGCUGGCCUCACUUUUCAACUCGCUUCCGAAAACCCAACACCAAUCAACUACACUCUCAUGGCGCUACGAAGCAGCUUGAGCAAGGUCGACGUGCGCGCGCUCUCGCCCAUGGCCUCGUUUGACGAGGACCAUCAAGCGCCGUUCUCGCCCAAGAUGGAGGACGACGUCGUGGUCUCGACAACGACGAGUGCGACCGAGGCCGGGUACCUCGCCAAGCACACGGCGUACAACGUUCGCCUUCGCUGCCCCGUCACCAAGCGCGACUGGACGCUAUCGACGCGCUACUCGGCCGUGCUGGCCUUCCGCACGUCGCUCGCGUCGCUCUUUGCAGCGUACAACCAAACGCACCCGAAGCUCAAGGACCGCCUCGCCCGCGAGCUCCUCUUGCAGCUGGCGUGGCUGCUCGACACGCCGUUUCCGCCCAAGCGCCUCGACUCGGAGGCGUCGUGGGUCGUCGCUGAGCGCACCAAGGCGUUCCGUGUCUUCUUUUGCCGCCUCGUCGACUCGAAGAUCCACCUCAUCGACUUGGCGCACGACGCCAGCAACCUGCCCGCGCUCUGGGUCCAGCUCGUCAACGUCGUCCAGUCGUUCAUGGCCGCGCCGGCGAUGCUCACGGUCAGCUACGAAAAGGUGCCGGCCAUCGUCCGCUGCCCCGACCAUGUCGACUGCAGCAUCUGCCUCGCGCCGUUCAGUGAAGCCGACCUCUCGGUUCCCGGCGUCGUCGUCAAGACGCGCUGCAGCCAUGUGUUUCACCAAGGGUGCCUUGCCAAGUGGAUGCAGUCGCAACCGUCGUGCCCCAUUUGCCGAGACCACGUCGAUGCCAUGGUCGGCCUCUACAUGUAGUCGUACCUUUUAACUUAUUGUACUAUUUAUACAAGCAUUUUUGUCCAA